CUUCUCUUCUUUUUCUCCUCUCCUUAUAUUUCCUCGCUCUGCUCCUACCACCACCUCAUUCUCUGUGUGUCUCUUCAAGAUCGCCUGUUUGGGAUUUGCGGUCUCAGGCUCAGUACAUUCUAGUGCUUAAGUCGAACCUGCCGACUUGCCGCAGCACGUAGCACCAUCGUCACAUUAUCACAUCAUCACAUCCAGCACAGCAGCUGCCACUGCCACUGCAACAUGGGUGCAUAUCGCUUGGACGAGAGCACCGGCCGUGCCGGUUGCCAGAACAAAGAAUGCAAAGACGCCAAAGUCAAGAUCGCCAAGGGCGAGCUCCGCCACGGCAGCUGGGUGGAUACCGGCAAUUUCCAGAGCUGGAAGUAUCGCCACUGGGGCUGCGUCACCCCCCAGGUCAUCAAGAAUCUGAACGAAGCUAUCGAUGAGCUGAGCAAUGGGGACGAAAAAGAUUAUUCGGCUCUCGAUGGUUUCGAUGAGCUUUCCCCUGAGAAUCAGGAGAAGGUUCGCAGGGCGUUGGAGCAGGGUCAUGUUGAUGAUGCUGAUUGGAAGGGGGAUGUUGAAGUGAACCGGCCCGGUAUGACUGGCUUCCGCAAGAAGGUUACCAAGAAGGAGGCUGCGGCAAAGCAAGCUCAGGCUGAAGAUCACGAGGAAGAGGAAGACGAGGCGUCUACUCCCAAGAGUAAGAAGCGCAGUCGUCCACAGACCAAGAAACAGUCUAAGGCUGAGGUUGAGGCCGACGGCAACGAUGAGCAGGAGGAAGAAGCUCCCAAGCCUAAGAGAUCCAAGAAGAGCGCUCAACCCAAGCCUCUUUCCGAUGACGAAGAGGAUGUCAAGCCGGUGACCUCGAAGCGCGGUCGUCCAGCGAAGUCUAAGGCUGCUGCCGAGGAAUCUCCUGAGGCGCCUGCUCCGGCUAAGAAGAGAACCGCGAAGAAGCCGACCAAGGCCGUUUCGGCUCCUGUUGGUGAUGAGGAAAAGCCUAAGCGGGGCCGGAAGAAGACUGCCCGAGUCUGAUAUUUUUGCGUCUAUCAGGACUUGUUGCCUUCAUCAGAGCGGCACUUCAUACUUGUGCACAUCAUCUUAUUGUCUAUGGUUGCGAACGGUAUUGUUAUUAUGUCAUGGUAUAUUCGGUAGCGAUCAUCGUGUUUCAUGUCUUUAUAUGGGGUUGACUCUGUCUGUAUGCUUGCAGUUCCUCUUUCUAUCUACAUUACUCAUGGAGCGGGUGUGCUCAAAUGUCUGCUCUCAGCGGGUGCUAGCGAGAUGUUGUUACGAUCACUGUGACAGGCAUCAAUGUAUAGAUUGUACACCUAAUGGACUAGUUGCGAUCUAGG